ACAGCGGGCAGCAGCAGCAGCAGCAGCAGCAGCAGCAGCAGCAGCGGGCUCUAGGGCCUGGGCAGGGUGGCAGUCAGUCAGUGAGGAUCCGCCAAACGGGACGGACAUACGCUCGCUACUCCACAUCUUACAGUCCACAUGCGUUCGAAGAUGGGAGGCCAAUCAAACGGUACCUGGACGCCCACCAAGAGACGAGGGCCCAUCGCUGCCGAGUUCUCCAGCCCGGGCCCGGCAGCCAUCGCCCUCAAGUCGUCCAUCGGUAAGUCCGGCACUGGGACGAGCAAUGCCAAUGUGGGUUCCCGCGCUCCGGCCUUCACCAUGGCCAGCCGCCACGAGAUGAAGCUGGACAAGGCGGGGCCCGGACCUGGCCAGUACAACGUGACUGGACUCUCAAACAAAGCAGGCAAGGAUGAGCCCGUAGCCGCGUCCAUGCACAUCCGCCCUAAGGACCCCAAGGCCUACGUGACCCCCGCCCCCUGCGACUACUCCCCGGACAAGGCUGAGUCCAAAGUGGUAGAGACCUCGCCUUCCUUCUCUUUCGGCAUCAAGGUGGAAAACGGCCGUGCUUCUGACGCUCCUGCUCCCAACAGCUACAACAUCCCCUCACUGCUGGGAUCCACGAAGGAAGGCUCCAAGCACUCCGCCCCGAGCUUCACCAUGUCUGCCAGGGCGCGGGAAGAGGAGGACAAGAUGAAGGUACCGGGGCCUGGCAGCUAUAACGACGCCACUGUGGACAAGUACAAGACGAUCAAGAGCCCAAGUUUCAGCAUGGGUCAGCGCACCACCAUCCCCUCUGACCACACCAUGAAGCCAGGUCCCGGCGCUCACUGCCCCGAGAAGUACCAGGACAGCGGCCCCGCCUUUACCAUGGCACCGCGCAUUGAUGACGCUGGCGAUAAGAUGAAGGUGCCUGGCCCUGGAACUUACGAGUCUGGUGAUCUUGACAAAUGCAGAGAGAAGCUCCCCGCCUUCACCAUGUCCCCGAAGACCGUCCUGCCCACAGACAACACACCCAAGCCAGCACCCAACGCCUACGCCCCAGAGAAGUACACGCCAUCGGGCCCCAAAUUCACGAUGUCGGCGAGACUUCCUGACGAAGAAGAUAAGAUGAAGGUUCCGGGCCCGGGAGCCUACGAAGCUGGAAACCUGGACAAGAGCCGCGAGAGCCAGCCAGCCUUCACCAUGGCGCCCAAGACAACCCUGCCCGGCGAUCGCACGCAGAAACCUGCCCCGAACGCCUACUCGCCCGACAGAAGCGAGUCGUCGGAGAUCCCAAGCACCCCUCACUUUAGCUUCGGCAUCAAGCACUCCGUAUACCUGGGCAAGCUCCGUGACCAGUAAGCCACCGUGCCUUAGCCCCGCCUCGCCCUGAACAACCCAACCCACCCUGGACAGCCCACCACAAUCUACCACACUCCACCACAGCCCCUUAAACCCACCACCGUCCUCUCCAGCCCUGUGUCAGCACAUCAAUUUCCAGCUCACUUAUCCAGUUUCGUGUAACCAAGACCAAUCCAGCCCAAUUUUAAGUCUUGGAGAGGUCUAGUUAAGCCCGAGCCCAUCCCAGGUCCUGCCCAUGCUCUGUUCCCCGCAACACAGCCCAGCCCAACCUAGCCCAGCCAAGCCCAGCCCAAUCCAGCCCAGCCCACGGACAAGCUUCGAUUUCGUGAAGUAAAACGAAGAGGGAUUUUUCUGCGUUUUCUAUAGAAUAUAAAACAAAAAAAAAUCAAUGUAAAAUGGUCCAAUUUAGGGGUUAUGUAUUUUGAUGCUACCCUUCUUUUCUACUAAUCAUUAAAUACGCAUAUUGAAUGAAAACCAGAUACAUAGUUGAAAUCGAGCUUUAAAAAGUACUCCAUUCAUUAUACUGAGAUAUAUUUUUAUACAAGGGAGCGAGCAGCCUGACAUUCAUGGUGAUACGUACAUAAAUAAGAGAUUUCCAACACUGCCAUCUAGUGAGAAAACUAAGAACCUUAUGCUCUUCACCCAAGGCUCGCGUCGUCCCCCGGGGAUCAGCGUCACCCAACCACGUGUUACUGUCGCACCUAUUAUUACACUGUUGAUACCACCACUCAUUCUAGUGAACUAAGAGAAGAUUCACAGAAGAGCAUCAUAUUCCAUUAGCGUCCUCUUGCCUUAUACAUACAUAGUCCUCAUGGCAUCCUUCCAUCUGUGUGACAAGUGAGAGGAGACACUCAAGUCAGUCAGUCAGUCAGUCAGUCUGAGUCACGCUCGCCCUCAACCAUUGCUGUUCACGUUCAGACACAACGCAUUGUCUCACACGCAUUGAAUCAUUACUGAACAUUCAUUUAACUAGUAAGAUGUCAUGCUUAGAGUCUACUUCGAUAGCUGUGUUUUCUAAUGCCUUGACUUAGGAAGUAGUGGGAGCUUCAGUGGUCCUUACCAAGCACCUUGCCAUCCUUUCGGCCAGCUAUUACGGUGAUAUGAUCAAAAGAUGUGCUUUGUAGGUAAGGAUCACAACAUUAUUGUAAUUUUCUAGCAGUAUGGCUCGUUUGUUAUUGGAAACCACGUGUUAGAUUUAUUGUGUGAUAACUUGGUAAUUGCGAACACCGUCUCCGAGUUUGACUGCCUUUCUUCCUGUAACUGUGUAGGGUCUUAAUCCGUCUCUUGGCAGGAGAUCUCAUUUAGCGCAGUUAGGUAGAGGCUUGUUUGCCUGUUUAAUAAAUGAGUUUCCAUACUUUUCUCUCUCGCCGCAGGGUAAUCAGGUUAUGCCUAUUCAUUCCUUUAACAUGUUAAGCUCAUUGUGUUUACUAUUAAAAAGAAUGUAUGUACACGUUGGACAAAUUUUCAACUAAGAAUUUAUUCAAACAAACAUACCGUGUGUUAUUACUGCAGGUCCAGACUACCUGGACCGUGCUUGCACCCUCCUGCACCGUCCGCCACUACCGCGGCCCGGGAGAAAUUCGCUGAGGAUGGAAAAUGUUUAGUAGUUUGCUCAAAUACCUAAUGCCUCUCUGUCCAACUUAGAGCUUCGGAAAGCAAGGUAAUUAAAUUUAGAACAUCAUAUUAUGUGAAAGAUAUGAUUUGGUUCACAGGCGUGGUUCUGGUAAUAACAAAAUAUUUCAUUCAUCUUGUAAAGCCAACAUUCCGUCCAGAGGCGACAGUCAAGCCCCUGAACCACAGCCUCCAACACCCACCUAACACCAUAUACAUAUACAUAUAUAUAUAUAUAUAUAUAUAUAUAUAUAUAUAUAUAUAUAUAUAUAUAUAUAUAUAUAUAUAUAUAUAUAUAUAUAUAUAUAUAUAUAUAUAUAAUGUGCCCACAUGACAUUGUGCCAAAGUAUGUUAUUGUAAAGCGUGAAAAUUUUAAAAGAAUUACAUUAACCUGUUCAAUAUUAUCUCAAAGAACUGUAAUAAGAAUUACUACUGUUAUCAUUAUUAUUAUCAUAAUUAUUAUUAUCAUUAUUAUUGUUAUUAUUAUUAUCAUUAUUAUUAUUAUUAUUAUUUUUAUUAUUAUUAUUAUUAUUAUUAUUAUCAUUAUCAUUAUUAUCAUAAUCAUAAUAAUCAGGAGGUAUAUAAAUAGGUAUGCGUACAAGAAAUAUAGUAAUUUCAGACUUUUCAGUAUAGCUAACGAAUUGAUGGAAGUAUUGCACCUCAGCAAGUCUAAUAUGAAUGCGAUGAAUGCAAAGUACGUACUACCUAAGUCUACAUUUGUUAGAGUUAAGAUUCGCACAACCAUGCCAAUUCCAGUUUAUUUAAGUUUCCGAACCUGCUUCCUUCACUCCACUGUGCAGGGCAAGCAAGUUUAGAGAAUAAAAGUUAUUUUCAUCAA